GCGGCCGCCAUUCGUGUGCGCGCCGCCGAACACGUCGUGCCUUCGUCGCCCCUGACCGCAACCGUUGCUCAUUUCAAAUUUCAAUAUUCGGUUAGUGCCUGCGUAACGAACUUUUAAAGGAUUUCUCUGUGCACGUGUGAUUUCUGUGGUGCUUCUUCGACAGGUUGUUACUGGCCAACAAACCAAGAAUAGUAGCCUAAAUCUAAUAGAUAAUUUACUGGUACCAAUUACCACUGGUAACACUCGUGUGUUGUGAACAUUUCAUAUUCACGUGACUCUCACAGAAACCGAAAGUUGUACGAAAGUGCUCAUCGACUAUUGGGCGACGCUCAUCUGUUUGGGGCCUACUUUAGUAUUGAUGUCAGUCAGCACCUUGGGUAAUGGAUAGCCACAGUCGCUCCGCGUCGCCAGGCGCGCCGGCGCGGCCGCAGCACCGGCCGCCGUCACCGCCGACGCCGCCCGCGCCCGGCGUCGACAACCGCGCCUUCCAGCCCGACGACCCCAACCACAACGACUCCUUCGCCUCCAACCACACGCACCAGAAUGGCCACACCAAGGAACUGAACGGCGACACGAAAACUUUAGAGGCGGUCAACUUGGAACUCAUCAAUUUGCAACCUAGAAAUGGAAACACAAAAAAGAAAGAUGUCGAAGUAGACAUGAAUGUAACGAACCCAUAUGAUGAAUAUUUUGUACCAGUCAACGAGCACAGGAAGUAUAUGAGAGGGGAGAAGCUGUACGUGACAGCAGACAAGCGUGGCGAGAAAGGCGGCUGCAAGCGGCCGCUGUGCUGGACGCUGCUCGGGCUCGUGGUGGCCGCCGUCGUCGCGCUCGUCGCGCUCGCCGCCACUGGUGUUUUAUUCACUAAUUCCCCAACACCGGUGGAACAGUACAACGCGUCCGUCAGCUCAGCACGGGCGCUCGGCGGCAUCGGCCAGGCGUCCCACCGCGACCACGACCAUCACCACAAUCACGGUCACGACCACGAUCACACACACCACGAUGACCAGACUCUGGACGCAGAAAACCCUUACGAUCCCCAACAAGUUGGCCACAGUCACGAUGAACCAACGACUCACGGAAGUGAUGAAGAAUACGACCAACCCGAUGUCGAAAAUAAUAAUGAUCAUUCAAUGUAUGUACCUAAAGUUUUGGAGGGCGAAUUAAAAAUAGACAACGAAGAAAUCCCAGCUGCGCUUUACGAUCCCGGAAGUAACGAGUACAAACAAUUUACAGAAGAUUUUUCCCAAGCACUUAAAGAAGCCCUAUUCGGGGUAGACUCGAUGAACGAUAACAGUAACGACGUUCUAGUAGAAUUUAUGAAGCUCAGGGAAGAAUCGGGCAUCAUAAUGUACAGAAUACAUUGGAAAUCAGCGCUUAAUAACGAGCCAAAUAAUGAGUUAGGCCCUAAUGAACUGAAGGCUAACUUGGAAAAAUAUCUCGUGAGACACAAUAGAAUGAUAAACCUUUAUCAUGUCGCUAAAGACGGAAUAAAAGCGAGACGAGUUCUGGAUCUUUGUCAAAUCAAUAAAAAUAAUUGUGAAUACGGCUGCGAGUUCGAUGAAAGUACCUUAGAUUUUACAUGCUCUUGUCCCCAAAAUCAAAUGCUUGAUAUCACAAACCCUCACAGGUGUAUAUCAACCGAUGAACCAAAUUCGGCGGAUGACUUAACUCAUAAUCCAAUUAACGCUUUCGCAAAUUCGGAUUCAGACCACACCACGACUAACAUCAACAUCGAAAAUAAUAUACAUAAGACACGCCAUUCAGAUGACAAUGUUUUCGACUGGAAAGAAACUCAUACUGUGAUGUUAGAAACGACCACCGCCACAGAUCCAGAUCUUAACUUUUCGCACAUAUUUGGUCGUGAAAACAACGCUGGGGAUGAACAAAACACUGCGAAUAUGGAUUCAAGUACUGAAAGUAAAGUCACAAACAAACCUGUCAUCCAAGCCGAGCCCGAAGCUUCAUCAGUACCAGAACCAGAACCCACAUCCGAAGCAGAACCUCGCGAACCGUCUCCUGAACCCUCUUCUGCACCGUCGUCUGAACCUGUUCCUGAACCGUCGCCAGAACCAUCUUCUGAGCCAUCGCCUGAACCGUCGCCAGAACCAUCUUCUGAGCCAUCGCCUGAACCAUCGUCAGACACAGAAGCAGAACCAUCUUCGGAAUCGGAAUCCGAAUCUUCUUCUGAACCAGAGGCCAAACAAUAUUUGGAACUGAACCCUAAACUAUUGUCAGAACCAGAACCUGAGCCGACUUCAGCAUCGGAACCUUCUUCUAAACCAACAUCUGAAACAAAAUCGGAAAUCGAGCCUAAACCUACAUCGGAACCGGAACCGGAAGUUUCUUCCGAGCCAAAACUUUCAGUGGUAGAACUUGAAACUCCUCCUGUGUCAGAACUAAAUACAACUUCAUUACAUUCCGAAGAAGAACAUACCUCUGAACUAAGAACAACACCAGAACCAAUUGCAGUAUCUAAACCAGAACUCAAAGUAAAAAUAGAUACGGGACUAGUUUCUGAAUCAAAAAAUGAACAUGAAACAGUAAAAGACAGUAAUGCCAGUAUGAAUGAUCUCACAACAGAAUCUAAGAUAGUUUCAGAUUCUAUAACUGAACCAAAUCAUAUCGUAAAACAGGGACAAGGAGAAGAAUCAGAAACAAAAGAAGAAAGUAUAACUAAUUCCACAAUUCUAACAUUAAAUUAUAGUCCAACAGUUGAAUCUAAGUCAGCACCACAAUACGAAACUACAACAACGGAAAAUACAGAAGAAAUAUCGACUGAAUUAACAGUUAACCCUAAUUUGAUAUAUGAAUCCAAAGCAAAAUUAAAUACGGUGGAAAGUAGCACAGAAAACAAUUAUGAAAAGGAAUCUGAAACAGGACCUACGAAAAACGGUGAAAACAACUUGUCUGAUGAAUCCACAGAUGUCACAAACGUGAUGUUCUCCGCUAUCAACGAUUUAGGAAAAGUUAAACUAAACGACUAUGAUAAUAACGUUGUUACAACAACAGAACCCUCGUUAGAAGCUAAUACAGACUUAUCAAUUUUGAAACUGAACAAACCAAAAGAAAAUAACUUACAAUUAUUAAGUUCCAACGGUGACAAUGAUUGGCUUCAGUAUGAUAAGAAUAAAGUCACAACUGAAAAUGAUAACUUAAAGGAUAAUAAGACUAAAAAGAUAAAUUUAGCCGACCUAGGUGCUACCAAGCGUCCUAAUGCAACCGACGACGAACUGUCAUUCGAAUACAUGGCAAAGAAUAAUGAAGUUCCAAGCGAAAUGGGUGACGAGGAAACUAAAACUACAGUAGCCCCUGCAGUGCACGCUGAUAGUGAAAAUACCACUGAUGUUAAUUCAAACCAAUUGUCGACUUUUCAAGAUGGUACAUCUGAAAGUGAAAAUCGGGCCGAAACACAGGACGUCCAAUUAGAUCAGCCAGUAACAGAAUAUUUACACGAUGACAGUUUGCCUCCAAAAAACGAGCAAAUCAUAGAAAAUAAGUAUCUGAUGGACCCACUUGACAAAAAAUCACAUGAUUCUCAGACCAAUGGAGAAGAACCAUCAAACGAACCUUCCGAUAUUUCUUUUGAUUAUAUCAUUAACCGUUCAUCAAAGUCUAUUGCAGAACAAAGUAGUACAGCUACAGAACAUGUGACCCCAAAAGCAACUGUUGAACAAAGUACUACUACAAACGAUUCUGAUUGGGUACGUGUAUCAGUAACUGAAAUCAAUUAUGCAAAAACGUUCAAUAAAAUCCCGGAAGGUGCCGAAACUACAACGGUCAACGAAUUAGAAGAUAUAAUUAGUACUGGGAUGUCAAACGAAGAUUUUGAACCAGAUUAUUUAAACAAUAUGGAUAAAACUACCACUAAAGCACCAGAACAGUAUGUACCAAUGUAUGUUUCUCAUGAUUAUGACAAUGAGGAAUUACGCGUGAAACGAGUUAACGUAGAAGCAAAAAAUAAUACAAAUCUUCCGGUUACCACGGAACCGAUGGAAACUUCAAAAACGAGCGACCGUAAUGAAACCACCAAUGUUAGUGACUACAUUUAUAGAACAACUGAACAAUAUUUCUUAAGUAACAGCGCCGACAUAAAAAGUAUUUCGAAAGAUAUAAACAAAACUGAACCAGCUCCCGUUUGGGAGGAAUCCGAUAAUGACAUACACUUACUUAACAUAGAAUCUACAAUAAAUAAUACGUUACGCACCUUUAAUCAGCCACACAUGAACGGAAGUACAGAAAGUAUACCAGACAACACAACACCCGUAAAUAAUUUCAAUGUUACGAUAUAUGAAAUAUCAGCCCUUGACAAUAACACAUUUCCUACGACAAAACACAUGAACUCCCAUUCUUCGGAAUAUGAUGACCAUGAAACAGAAAUGAACCCAUUUUUACCAGAAAUAGAAAAUAAUAAAAGUCUCGUCAAAAAACUACAAGAAGGACACGAUUUAGAGCCGACUAACCUCAACGAUAAACAAAAUGAGAACAAUGAUGAUCAUUCUAUACCAACUGAACGCCAAACAAGUGCAAAAAGAAAUUCUAGCGAGAACUUAAAUGUAAUAAAUAAAGAUUACACAACUAUCGGACCUGAAGUAAUGUCCGCCGAUAGUAAAAAUGUACAUUUAAAUACUAGUAACACUUCAGAUCUUACAAAUAACAGCAAUCUAUUUAGCCAUAAAAGUGUAUUUGACAAAUCAGGGAGCCAAAACGAGGAUAUUCAACCUAUUUCAACAUUCCUAAUUGAUACUGAAGACUUAGGCAAGGAACGCACUACUAUUUCUAAUCCUAUUAUGGUAAAAAAUAUUUUAGAAAAUGAUGCGUCUAGUCCAGCGCCUGCAGGUGAGAAACGAACAUUAAGCAGAAUAAAUUAUGCAGAUGACAGCAAUAAUAUGGAAUUAUUAAGUGUUCUUCCUCUUCAUAACCAAGAUGAAACAAAAGUGCCUGAGAAAAACUUUACAAGUGAACAUAUACUGGAACUUAAUGACAUAAGGACAUUAGAUUUAACCAAAUAGAAUGGCAUGCUCACAUACGCAAUAUAAGCGAAUCGGUGCCCGUUGUCAUACUUAGGUACAUAGAUAUAGUUGCUUAUUGACCAUAAGUAAAUGACAAAUGGUUCAUGGAUUACACUACUCUACUCUUGUAUGUCUAAAACAAAAGCUUUUACCACGAACAUACAGAACCGCGGGUCCCUUUGGCAAUAGGGAACAUUACGCAAAACUCUGCGUAGAGGGCACUACUAGCACAAACUGAGGGAAACAGACUCUCUAUAAACAAACUGAUGCAUAAAAGUCAUAGUGAAAACUUGCCAAAAAACUGUUUAAGGCAUAAUAUGUAUAAGUUAAUCUAUGGUUUAUAAUGUAUGCUGGACUCUGGCGGCAGAACAUUGCUGUAAUACUAACUAUUGUGCCGAUUUUAUGGUACGAUAACACUUAAAACAGGAAUCGGAUUUGUAACAAAUCCCAUGUUGUUGUUUAAUAAAAAUUUAAUCAAUUAUUAAAAAUAACAAUACUGUACCCUCCAGCAGAAAACGUAAAAACUGAUAAACAUCUAGGUAUAUUUUAUAUACAGAAGAAAUAGAAGCUAUAGUGGAAAAAAGUAAAAUGAUUUUUUUCUCCGCCUAUUGUGAACCGAAUUGCAAUUGUUCACAUAUAACUAUUUUUGUUUCUAUAAUCUUUUUUCAUGCUUUCUGCUGAUGCAACCACAUUUGAACCUAAAAACCUAAACUUAAGUCCUUCAGAUUUAUAGGGGAUUUAGUUUUUUACAAACGUAUUGAUUUAAAGAUACAACUGACAGUCAUACCUACAGCUAUAGUUAGCAAUAAACAACAAUACUUGAAACUUGAAUCUAAUUCUGCCCAAUGGUUUCUUCCGUAUCAGUCGACUUUUUCGGCUUUCGAUUUUAUUCUCCAUGUCAAUGAAGGAAUCCGAGCCUAACGGGCAUUUCAACACACGAACUGUGCGCGUUGUACCCGUUCUAGGUAAUAUGUUAAGAAAGAAAUGAACUAUUUGUACAUUAGACUAGUCACAUUUGAAGUCAAUCUAGCAAAGUAUCGUUUAUGGCUGACAUGGGAUUAAAUGUCAGAAUAGGAAGGAAGCGCGCUUUUACGUCACCGAUAAAUGAUGCCUUGCUAGCCCUAUUACGUAGGUACGCUGUAACAUGGUGAUGGUCCCUAAUAUGGACGCGUUGUAUUAUCUCUGUAAGUCUUGUGCCUACUCUCACCCUUCAAUACUUGUGGGAGCGUGAAAGCGGUUUUUACCACCCCGUUAGUAGAUGGGCAUUUUCAGCAAAAAGUGUACCGUGUGAGUCGAAUCAACCCAAUACCUAUACUUGGUCAAGCAGAUCUUGUCAGUAGAAAAAGGCGCGAAAUUCAAAUUUUCUAUGAGACGAUAUCCCUUCGCGCCUACAUUGUUCAAAUUGGCCGCCUUUUUCUACUGACAAGAUCUGCUUGACCAACUUUAGUUAUAAGAUUUUUGAAAAAAAAAUGUACACUUUUCUUAAAACCCCCAGACACCUAAUUAUUGCAAAAUGCCCUUUUUCCGCAUAUGCAGCCUAGCAGCCUAGCAGUUAUAAUGUUCAACUUUAUUGAUAGCUAUUAAAGUUAAAUUUUAAACAAAUAUUUUUGAUGACAUAAAGUAAGGGGUUAGUUCGGUGCCUACAUUAUAAGUUACCAUACGCCUACAUCACACUUCCCUAAGUUGUUUCAGCUGUGCCUACGUAAUAAAAGGUAACCUAAUUACAAUUAAACUUUAUGAUAUCUGAUCAAGCAUGUAUAUUAUGUAUUAUGUUUUUGAAUAUAUUUAACCUAUUUAGCGCUAAUCACGACACGUCGUUUUGCCUCUACUAAGCAUUUCCGCUACAUACCGGGAAAUCCAUGUUGUCGGCUACGACGUAGCGCUACGACCAUAGCUCAGCGUGUUAAUCUCGUGAUAGUAUGUGGAUGCUGCAAUAGGCGUCUCGUAAAAUAAAACCGAAAUAAAACCUUAGGUUAUUCAUCAAGAAAUUCGUCGCUUUUGUCUAGCGCUUAUAUGUAGAUAUAAUACUUAAUUGUAUUUAAUUUCAUUUAAUUUCAUUUCAUUUCAAUAGGUACCUACCGCAGUCAACUUAAUUGGUACUUCAAAUUCCUUGGAUUGUAAUAAUAUUACCUAAACUUUAUCAUUAUCACCUACGUGUUAAAGUGUAGGUAUUGUAAUCAAUAGUAUCUAUCAAAAUUAGUUUCAAAUGCAGGCUGUUCCCUACACACUUCCUGGGGGAGGACACCUAUCCUUGUUACAGUCAGUCAAUGACCUCGCCAAUUAACUUAAUUAAAGUCUUAAGGUGAGGUGGCGAAGGCCCAUACAUAUAUUAUGUCAUGUGUAAAAAAUGUAAUCCAAUUUUCAUCGAUCAAGGUUUACGUAGGUAGUUGUAGUCUAGGCGUUUAUAUCUUGUAGCACCUGAAAAAUUGCUAGGGCUGCCACUGACCCAUACAUUAAUGCAAUGUCACCGGUACGUACCUAUAUGUAUAUGUUUGCACGAAUAUUAUAAAGUUCUCUCGAUGGAAUAUCGAAUCAAAAUCCUACAAAUUUAUAUUUUUUCUGGGAUAGUAUUCAUUUGUCGAAACAUGCUGUUAAAAAGAUACCUAUGCGUGAAUACUAUCUCUGCCAUUUCGUGAUGUGAUAACUUGCGCGGUAAAUUAUUAUAUUAUAGCGGUGACAGACGCCGCCACAUGGAUAGUAGCUGGACGUAGCUAUAGGUACCUACUACUUUUAUUGUAUUACUAAGUGAUAUUGUGAGAAAGUAAGGUCCGACUGUAAUUAUUAUUAUAGUAUUUGUUAACGUAGAUAUAUGUUGUAUAAUAUGGUUGAAAUUGUAAAGAAUUAUGUUGUAAAUAAAACUAAAGUUAGUGAAAA